CGCCUCCACAGGCCAUCGCCAGCACCACCAACGAUGGCCCUCUUCAACCGCCGCAAGAAGCCCGACGACGACUCCAAUGCAGAGCAGAAGAAGGAGAAGGGCGGCUGGCGACGCCCCGCAAACACGGCCUUCAAGCAGCAGCGGCUGAAGGCAUGGCAGCCUAUUCUGACCCCGAAGACGGUCAUACCGACGUUCUUCAUCCUCGGAAUCCUCUUCGCGCCCAUCGCGGCGCUGCUCAUCUGGGGCAGCGACCAGGUUUCCGAGAUGACCAUAGACUACACCAAGUGUGAUACCCUAACGCCUUCGUCCGACGCCUCCUCGCCUUCAUUCACCAAGCUCUCUUCCUCUGAUUACUCCUACCGCCUCCGUUCCUCCGCCUCCUCCGCCUCCAUCUCGCCUCCCCAAUAUGCCUUCGUUCAAAACAGCUCCUCUGCCGACCCAUCCACCCGCAACCAGUGCAUCGUCCAAUUCGACGUUCCGCUCAAACUCGACCACAACGUAUUCCUCUACUACAAGCUCACCAACUUCUUCCAGAACCACCGGCGAUACGUGAAGAGCCUCGACACGGAUCAGCUGCGCGGCAAGGCGGUGAGCCACAGCACAAUAUCGGGCGGCGCGUGUAAGCCGCUCGACGUCAAGAAAGUCAACGGUAGCGACAAGAUCAUCUUCCCCUGCGGCCUCAUCGCCAACUCGGUGUUCAACGACACCUUCUCGAACCUCACCCUCGUCUCCUCGUCUUCUUCCGGCACGUACACCUUCUCGGAGAAGGGCAUCGCAUGGCCGGGCGAGGCGAAGAAAUACACGUCGAAGACGAAGUACUCGCUCGACCAGAUCGUACCCCCGCCGAACUGGGCGUUGCGAUACCCGGACGGGUACACGGAUGCGAACCCGCCGCCGGACCUGAAGAACGACGAGCACUUCCAGAACUGGAUGCGCACCGCCGGCCUGCCCACGUUCACGAAGCUCUACGGGCGCAACGACCACGACGACCUCGAGGCGGGCACGUAUCAGAUGACCAUCAACAUGAAUUUCCCGGUCAGGCCGUACAAGGGCACGAAGAGCAUCGUGAUCAGCACCGUCUCGUGGAUCGGCGGAAAGAACCCCUUCCUCGGAUGGGCGUACGUUGGCGCCAGCGCCCUGUUCAUCCUGCUGGGCAUAUUGGGAACGAUACGACACGUGGUUAAACCCAGGCGCCUUGGCGAUAUGUCGCUCCUUUCAUGGAAUCGGUGAAGGGAGAGGGUCGUUAGUCAACGGUUUCUUCCCUACUUAAUUCGUUCAUGCCCUCCUUUGUGUACCCGAGUACCCGAACAUCAUGUGUAAUAUCCAGUUGUGGGACAUUAUCUCUAUUGCGUUAAUAUGGC